UUUCAUUUCAUAGCCUUUUCCGCACAGUCAAAUUUAAGAAUUCGUGUCCAUUCUGUUCUGUCACUAUUCAGCAUAUAUUUUAACUCACCAAUUUAUCAACUCACCGUCGAGAGAAAAGCAGAGGUAUAUGGACAGUUAUUAGGAUCAAGACUAUUAAAAUGGACGUGAAUGAGGAAAAUGGAGUCGCAGAAAGCUCGCCUAAAAUUUAUUUGGAUUACAAUGCCACAACUCCUCUGGAACCAUCUGUCCUAACAGCAAUCCAUGAUGCUUUGCGAGAUGCUUGGGGAAAUCCCAGUAGCUCUUAUGCAGCAGGAAAGAAAGCAGGUCACGUGAUCAAAGAAGCUCGGCUUUCAGUGGCCAACAUGAUUGGUGCAUUAGAGGGUGACAUCAUUUUCACAUCAGGUGGUACUGAGGCCAACAACAUGGUGAUCCAUUCAGCACUGGAACACUUCUAUGAAUUUCAUAAAGAAAGGGAAAACCAUAUUUCUGAUAUGAAACCCCAUGUGAUAACAUCAAAUCUUGAACAUGAUUCGAUCCAACUCCCUCUCUUGCAUCUUGCAGAGCAAGGCAAGAUAGAACUGACCUUUGUCCCAGCCUCUCAAGACUCUGGAGCAGUGACGACAGAGGCAAUAUUAAAUAAAGUUAGACCAAGCACCUGUUUGGUGACUGUCAUGAUGGCAAAUAAUGAAACAGGGGUGAUUCAGCCAAUUGAAAACAUUUCCAAGGCUAUUAGGGGGUUAAUGAAGAGUCGUCUGUCUCAGGAAAUGCCCAGGAUUCUUGUCCAUACUGAUGCUGCACAAGCCAUUGGCAAAAUUAAAGUGGAUGUGAAUGACUUGGAAGUAGACUACCUCACAGUUGUGGGACACAAGUUCUAUGGACCUCGAAUUGGAGCCCUGUAUGUUAGAAAUCCAACAAGAGACACCCCUAUACACCCCAUGUUUUUCGGUGGAGGACAAGAAAGGAAUUUUAGACCAGGAACAGAAAACACUGGCAUGAUUGCUGGAUUAGGGCAAGCCUCCCAGCUGGUGGUGGAAAACCUGGACCAGUACCACAAAAACAUGAAAUUGAUAAGAGACUAUCUUGAGGUCAGACUGAAGGAGAUCUUUCAAGACAAAAUUCAGGUCAAUGGGAAAUUUGAGACAAGUGAGCGAAUACCCAACACAUGCAAUGUAUCAUUUAUUGGUAUAGGACUGGAAGGAAGAAAAAUCUUGGCCACUGUUAAAAGACUGCAGGCAAGUGUUGGUGCUGCAUGUCACUCAGAUGUAGCUUCACGACCAUCUCCCAUCUUAAUUGCCAUUGGAGUCCCUCAUGACAUUGCAAUGAAUGCUCUGCGACUGAGUGUAGGACGAGACACAACCAAGGAACAUAUUGAUGUUGUGGUGGAAGAUCUAAAGGUCACCGUUGAACGUCUAAGGCACAAAUAGAUCAUUAAAAAUUACCUGUGUCAUUUAAAAACUCUGUCCUGAAAAUGACUUUUGAUAUUCUCGAAUAGCUGUUGGCCGUGUGCCAUUAUCACUUUGAUGUAUAGAUUCCAUUUUACUGUCCAUCUGUUCUGUGAUAGAUCUCAGAAGGGGUCGAAAUAUGGAAUAAACAAAAUGUGGCACCCGAGGCGCAGCUGAGUGUGUCACGUAUAUGUGUUGCUAAUUAUUUGAUUACUACUAAGUAAUUGGUGAGACUCAUUGUUCAAGUCCAAAGCCACCUUAGCAUUUAUUUUGGUAACUCUGUUUUAAAACUGGUUACAAAAUCAGGAACUAAAUUUUCAAGAAUAACUUAUUGCUUUCAAGCAGGUUCAAAACUGACUUACGCGUCUAAAAGGUAACCUUAAAUAACUUUUAAAUACUCAGGAAACAUUUGGUAACAAAAUCAACAAGUUGUACAUUCUUAAGAAAUCAAUCCAAUACCUGAACUUAGAAAUAGCUGAAAACAAUAACUGAUACAAGUAUACAGAUAUACAUGCUAUCUUGGAAGGAGUAUUUUGAAAUCCCCACACAAUUUCCUAAUCUAACAGCAGUAAGGAAUGGCACUCUUGCAGAAGACUGAAAAAGGUGUCUGUGAAGGUAAUAGGAUAAAAUCAUUCUGUACUGAUGAAAGUUUUUUUUCACUAAAAAUCAAAAUAAUUUUCAUUAAGAAAAGAGAUGCGGGAGAUUGACUCCUUUAAUUCCUAAACUGCUGAUUUAACUUGACGUGAGAAAUUAAUGAUUGUAA